AUGCUCGUUCGCCCAUGCAGUGUUUAUCGCUGCGAGCGCCGUUGCUCGCAAUCAGGCCAGCAUUCGACAAUUAGGCGUCUAUCAUUUCGCUGUGAAAUCUUGCAGCUUGCAUAUAUAGCCAGAUUUUACCAUAACCGACCUGGGGCCCUCCUUCAAAAUGUCCAGGGCCACGAUAUUACCCUCCCCAGUGCCGCAAAACGGACCCACCAUAUUUCACUUUCUCCCGCUCUGCUCUCGUCCCAGAACCGAGGGACACAGACUCCAUAUCUCGCUGGCUGUGCCAGUUUUCUUAUGGGACAAAUCCUACUACGGAGGGGUUUCAUUGCCUCUUUCCUAUACAACUCCUCUAUUCAAAACCGACCAUACUAUUCCGACGCAACUGCCAUCUCCACAAGCCAUCAAAAAUCUCACUCGGACCAAGAUGUUCCCAGGGGUCAGACUGCCACCCCUGAAGAUAGUACUUUUAGAGCUAACGCUCAAAUAGCUCCACCUUUGCCUCCGGAAAACACAAUUACACAUACCACUUGGCGCAGUAUCUACAUGCAGAGUCCUGGUGCUGAUUCAGGCAGAAAAAGCUACAAUGAUGAUCGUCAAAGGAAAGACUCAGCAAUCCGGGAGGCCAUCAAUAAAGCGAUAGACGCAGCGGCGGCGGAGAGCCACCGCUUUUUAAAACCUUCUCAGCGUCGGCGAGAAUACUUCUUGAGAUCAAGAUGUCUCUAUACCAAAACCUUAAUUCAUCCGCAUUGGAACAACAAUUUCCACAGUUUGUAUCAGCACAAAUUGAAAGGGGAAAAUAUGUCAACAUUAUGGGAAAAACUAAAGUUAGAUUAUGAAGAGGAGGCGAUGAGAUGGCUAACUGGGAUCAACUGGGUCACAGAAGACCUGCACUAUUUGGAGAGACAAUGGUUCAAACUUACCCGGGACGAAAGAGCGAGGCUAUGGCCUCCCAUUGCGCUUUGGUUGCUCAUCAAUUCUCCACGAGCUGCUCUUUCAUUUCUUGUCGUGACAAGUAGACCACCAUAUGCGGCUUUUAACAUGAUCGCAAUGUGCUUUUUGUAUCUUCGGGCAUUUCAUUUUGAUAAGGACUUUGCCCCGGAUGAGCGAUAUAACCAGCUCUACCAUAAAGCACUACGUAUCUGCCUUAAUCCAAGCAAAUGGCCGGUCAUUCAGGCAUUCGAGCCCGGAAUACGCGUGUACCUUUCUCAAGUCCCUCCCGAGGAUAUGGCUGCCGCAUUUGACACCGUCGUUAACCAAAAAAUUUACCUCGAAUACCAGACCCUAACCUUCUUUAUGGAUCUUUUUGUCAAGCAAGGCGACAUUUCAAGGUCGUUAGCGGCUUUAAAAUUAGUUCGAACCUGUCAUUGUUAUCCUCAGAUUCUCUCAAAUCCGCAUGUUUUGGACCGUUGCUGCAUGCUCCUUUCUUUGGAUUAUGUGAUUGAAAAGGACAAUCAGCGGUAUUUUAGGAUCCUACCUGAGAUCUUAGAUUUUGGUGUUCCUUUAAAUCAGCCCAUGCUGAACAUCAUCUUCCGCAACGCCCUGAAGCAGAAAGCCCCGGAGUUCGUGCCGCAUGUUCUACACGAGAUGGGGGAGAAGGGCCUUUCUCCGAACUCAUAUACGUAUAUAUCCCUUUUGGAUGAUGCCGUCUCCCGUCGUGAUCUGCAGCACCUUGAUGUAAUCGUACGAGAGAUUAGUGGUCAAGAAUCUCUCAGGACAAAUCCGUUUGUCACAAGCAAGAUGCUCCACAUUUUCUAUUCACUGGACCGCCUCAACCCAGAUGGAGGGUGGGGAGACACCGAUAUGUUCUCUCGCAUGCUGAAUAUAUAUAGCAGAGCCCAUAAUAUUCAACCCCUCGUGGAUUUAGGCAUCAUUCACGAAGGCCAGGACGGUCUACAUAUUGACGAAUCGGAAGAAUCCCCACCUUCAAACCACGCUUUAUGCAUCAUGACUGCUGCAUAUCUAAGAAUUCUGGGCAGUACACGAGAAGUGCGCAACGUCUUCGACCGCUUUCUGGAGCUACGCGAUCAAGGGCAUGAGGCCAUCGGACCCUUGGCGGAAUCCGACUAUAUAUAUAACACAUUCCUCUAUGAAUUUGCGCAUCGCCGUGCACAUCGAAUGGAAAAUUGUGUCGCGGUCCUGAGCACCAUGCUCCAACCACUACCACCCAGCGCCGUUCUCCAAUCCCAGAACAACCGUCCCCUCGAACAAGUCAAGCCGACGAUCCAUACAUGGACUAUCUUCCUCAGCGCGUUUGUUCGCGAGCGCCAGCCCCAAGCCAUCGAGAAGAUUCGCGAUAUGAUGGCGAAGCAGGGUAUGAAGUUUAACGACUAUACCUGGAAUACUGCGGUCAGAGGCUUUUCCAAAAUGCAGAUGGUGGAGCAGGCUGCUCAGGCAGUGAAUACGAUGGUGAAGGAAGGGUGGACUGUUGAUGAAUAUACGUUGAAAGGUAUGCGAUAUGUCCGUGAUUAUGAUCGAUUAUUUGCUCUGCUGGAUAAUGUGGAGGCCAAAAUCAAUGGCGAUGCAAGGGGCAAGUCAGUUGAAAGAGAAUAG